UUCAGAGACAGCGGCCGUUAACGUGAACUCUGGCUCGCCUAUGUAUUGGCCAUGUCUCACGAGUGAGGAGCUUUCUGAACACUAGAAGCGAUGAGGAUGAGAGUGGCUGUGCUGGUGCUUGUUGUUUCUGUCAGUCUGACUGAAGCAGCACGAUGUGUGCCUACAAGUAGUCCACACUGUUACAAAACUUCAACUAGACCAGAAGAGGACUUCAUUUGUGAAUGGGAUGAGAGAAACCCUGAGAAGAGUCAAACACACACUCUCCAUAUAUGGGACACUGAAAAAAACAGUUUUCGUACGCAUGUGAAGUGCAGCAAACCAGCACAGGUAAACAUUCUCUUGGAGGAACUAGGAAUCCCGUCAAGAACGACAGACAUAUGGGUACAGACACAAGUGGGCAACCUCACCUGUAAUUCUAGCAAAAUCUCAGUCAUCCUUGAAUGCAUGGUCAAAUACCGUAAACCUCAGAUUAUCAGCAUGAAAAGGUCAGCUGGAAUCCUGAAUCUCACACUGGACAAACCGAAGGAUAACAGAGGUGCUAUAUAUGAGAUCAGAUGGAGAGAAAGGGACUCUGAAUGGCAGAAUACAACAUUUGAAACUAAGGACAGCACUAUUGAAGAUUUCCACAUGCUACAUCUACAGAGCCAGACUAUCUACCAGAUCCAACUGAGGCGGCAGGCCAAACUGAAGUCACAUCAAUGUAAAGACUCACUACAUGCUCUCUGGAGUGACUGGAGCCAAAUGGUGGAUGUUCCCUCAGAAAUCAGGCGCCGACCUGUAAUACGCUGGGUAGAAAAUAACCCGAAAAAUGGUACCAGGGAUAUUAAUCUCUUCUGGGAUGCCCCACCUGCUGAAGAGUCUGUAGGGGGUGUAAAGUACAUUCUGAGACUCUCGGAUUGGCCUUGUAACAAAACCAAGAGAAAGAAACAAAAAACUAUGAAUCAAACCUAUAAUGCAUCAAUAACAUAUUCAGAGGCCAGGAUUUCCAUUAUUGCAGUUAACAAGGUUGGACAUUCACCACGACAGCAGCUCAUCAUUCCCGCUGUGAAACAUCUGAACUACUGCGACUCUGACAUGCCCUCAAAUAUCACCAAGGCUGAUAAUAAUACCUGCUUAGAAUGGUACAAGCUGGAAGACGGUGAGACCCGACCAAGGACCGUAUAUAGCUCAGACAAAAAAUUGCUCAAGGACAUAAAAAAUGAGGUGGAGCAUUUUGUACGUCAUUAUUACUUUCUUCACACCAUAAGAAAUAAACAGUUUCAAACUGCCGUUAUGUGUCCUUUUUACUCAAAACAGAAAGCACCUAUUAAUGGUCCAGCCAAUGUGAAUGUUUCUGAUGACACACAUGAAUCAGCUGUGGUAAGCUGGCUUUCUAUUCCUGUGGCGGAGCAGCAAGGAUUUCUACAGCAUUAUGUCAUUUGGAUAUCUGGACAGGGAAACACAAAGUUCCAUAAAGUCCCAGCAAAUAAAACCAGCUUCCUGAUCAAGGACCUCCACCCAGGGGCCUCUUACACUGUAUCUAUAUCCGGAAGGACAGAAGCUGGUAAUGGGCCGAACUCAACGGUGAAUUUUGAAACACACUCCAAAGAAAUGGGCUUAUCGUGGCAGGACCAAACCAUCCUGAUCGUCUGCGUGGUUGCCCUCUUGUGUACUAUAAUCUGCUCCGUAGCUGCCAGGAGAUUGAAGCUGUUACCUGAGGUACCCAGUCCUGUGAUUGAUGCAGCAGAAUUCAGAUGUCCGGAAGAGCAGGACCAGAGGCCGAUGAUAGAGGAGGUGCACGAAUUCGUUCUCUUGCUGUGCCAAGAUCUCGGCAAACGCAGGGAGAACGUGACUCCUGAGCAGAGCACUUUACUGCAAGACUUUGGGCUUGUCGUCUUUGAAGAGGAAGAGGAGGAAGACGGAGAGGGUGGAGUUACUGACUUGAGCUCUUUGAAAUCCUGUUGCUAUCCGAAUCCUAGUUACAGAGGACAGCCUUUCCACAUGACAGACAGCACUUCAAGGGACAAUGACACAGAGUCCACGUACAGAGAUGGCCUGUUCUUUGAAACACGAGUCCUGGAGUGUGACAAAACGUCACUAUAAUAGAAGCUGACUGUAGGGACAAAUAAACAACCCUAAACAAAGCUCCUCUAUCUGCUGCAUGUGUCUUCUGUACAAGCAGGUGCAGUCAGUUAUGGCAUCUUUAGCUUGUCUUUAAAGUGCACCUGAGAAAUAAUGCUGGAAAUAACCUAAUUCUGAGAACAGAGUGCGAUUCUCAGCAGUUACUGAGGUUGCGAACGCAUCCUCACUCUUAAGCUUUGUUGU